AUGAAUGAGUUGGCUUGCAGAAAUCACGGUGGGUUUGCCUUGCAGCAGAUUUCCAUGUACAAACUUUUUCUGCUGAGGCAUGGGGAGGGGGCGUGGAACCGGGAAAACCGUUUCUGCAGCUGGGUCGACCAGAAGCUGAGUGAGGAUGGCGUGAAGGAGGCCAGGGAUUGCGGCCGGCUCCUGAAAGAGCUGGGCUACAAGUUUGACAUGGUGUUCACCUCCAUCCUGAGCCGCUCCAUCCAGACGGCCUGGUUGGUCCUGGAGGCCAUGGGCCAGGAGUGGGUCCCUGUGGUGAAGUCAUGGCGGCUCAACGAGCGCCACUACGGAGCUCUGAUAGGCUUGAACAGGGCAGAAAUGGCAGCCCAACACGGAGAGGAGAAGGUGAAGUUGUGGCGGAGGAGCUAUGACGUCACGCCGCCUCCCAUAGAUGAAUCGCAUCCAUACUUCAGUGAGAUCUACUCCGAUCGCAGAUACAGCACGUGCGAUGUAGAGAAGGAGAAGUUGCCGCGGGCGGAAAGCCUGAAGGAGGUGUUGGACAGACUGCUGCCGUAUUGGGAAAGCACUGUGGUACCUGAGAUACGGCAAGGCAGGACGGUACUCAUUGCGGCUCAUGGAAACAGCUGCCGGGCUCUGCUGAAAUACCUGGAAGGGAUAUCGGACGAUGAUAUUGCCAGCGUAACUUUACCGACGGGGAUCCCAGUGCUGCUGGAGCUGGAUGAGCAGCUGAAGCCCGUUAAAGCACGUCAGCUUCUGGGAGACCAGCAGAAAAUUCAGGCGGCCAUUAAGAAGGUGGAGGAUCAGGGAAAAGCCAAAGUGUCUACUUGA